CUGCAGUCGCUGUUGCGUUGUUUUAUAAAACCGUGUAAUUCAAAAUUACACUGAUUUUUAGCGUUAUUGUUUAAACAUAACUGAUAAAUAUGCAUGCUACUUUAUAAUAUUCUGUAUAACAUAUUUGUGCAUUCAAAAGACAAAUUCUUGUCGCUUGUCGCGAAUUUAAAGGGAUAUUUUGAUGCUUUCUGUUGGCUAAAUUCCCUUGGUAACUUAAUUCAGAAUUUCAGGGGCAAUAUGACGACAGUGUCGGCAGUAAUUUUUAUGAAUUACGCGUUGUAAUCGUCUUCGGAUGAAAUUUUAAAUUUGAUGUUUAAAGUGAUAUUGUAGUAGACACAUGAAAUAUUUAAAAUGAAUGUGAUAUCGUGUUGGAUAUUGAUUGCAAGUGUUCUCGAAUUAGUGACAGCAGAAUGGAAUACAAAAGAUUAUAUGAAACGAGAACAUUCUUUAAUCAGACCGUAUCAAGGGUCUGCAAUGACGAUACCUUAUUGGGAUUUCAUGGGUAGUACAAUGAUAACAAAUAACUAUAUAAGAUUAACGCCAGAUCUACAAAGUAAACAGGGUGCCAUAUGGAAUACUGUUCCAUGUUAUGUAAGAAAUUGGGAGCUUCAAGUUCACUUUAAAGUCCAUGGAAAAGGAAGGGACUUAUUUGGCGAUGGUUUUGUUAUUUGGUAUGCAAAAGAGAGAAUGAAAUCUGGUCCUGUAUUUGGAAAUCAGGAUUACUUCCAAGGAUUAGCUAUAAUUUUAGAUACCUACAGUAAUCACAAUGGUCCUCACAAUCAUCAACAUCCUUAUAUUUCUGCUAUGGUCAAUAAUGGUUCUUUGCAUUAUGAUCAUGACCGUGAUGGAACACAUACACAACUUGCAGGUUGUGAAGCAAACUUUAGAAAUUUAGAACAUGAUACACAUAUAGCUGUACGAUAUGAAAGAGAUACAUUGACUGUUUCCACAGACUUUGCAAAUAAGGCUGCAUGGAAAGAGUGUUUCUCUGUAAAAGACAUAAAGCUACCCACGGGUUAUUUUUUCGGAAUUUCCGCAACAACAGGAGAUUUAUCCGAUAAUCACGAUGUAUUAUCGAUUCGUUUAUUUCAGUUAGACUUGCCAGAUGAUCCAAAAGAUCAGGAAGAUAGGUCGAAGAUUUUACCGUCAGCUACGUAUUUUGAUGCUCCUAGAGAACAUAUUGAUGAUCCAAAGCAAUCUGCCUUAAGCAAAAUAAUGUUUUUCCUCUUAAUGCUUGUAUGCGCACUUGCGUUAAUCGCAUGUGUUGUAAUAGGAAUUAUGUGGUAUCAAAAGCAUCAGGAAAAUAGUAGGAAACGUUUUUACUAAAUACAGGUAUUCUAUAAACUGUUUUGCUUUUGAAUUUCUCGUUUAUAUCGGGUGUUCUUUCUAUAAAAAAUAAGGUGUAAUUAUAGUGUUCAUAAGACUGUUUCUUUGAAUAUUGAUAUAUAAUAUUAAUAUGGCAAUCAUUGUCUCAACUCAUGAGAAAAUGAUAUUGAAGAAGUAUUUUCUAAGACAAACAAAUACAUAUAUCAGCAGAUAAUGAUACGAUUAUUAGUAUAAAUUGUUGUGGUAGUCGUAUAAUACGUCGAAUUAUGCCAUUUGCUGCUCUGGUCCUAAUAAUGUUUAUCAAGCAUAGUACAGAGUUCCUUUACCAAAGUUUCCGUGUUCUUAAGUUGCUGCAACGGAUUCUAUAAAAAUAAGUUAAAUUAUUUCCAUAAAGAAUAGAAAAGGAUUGUUAGUAUGUUUCUAACAUUUGCAAUAGGUAAAUUAUGUAACUGAAACAUUAAUUAUACAUUCACGCUGGGGUUUAAAAUUUAUGUGCAAAUCACUUUACAACGAGGAUGGUGGUAAUAAUUAUGAUAGAGGAAUAAGUUAUUUAUACGAAUUCUAAAAUUUAAACCAUUUUAGUGAAACAUCACACGCGGGUUAAAUAUUUAAUUUAACAAACGUAUUCGGUAGAAACGAUAAAUAAUUUCUGACUUUAACUUAUCUUUAUAUCUGUGGAUUUGGUAUGAUAGAAAAGACUUUAUUGAUGUAGGUUUUAUAUUUGUACAUAAACGAACUGAACAUUACUAAUAUGAAAUAGUUGUAGAGUGUUUUCGUACUGUACAACUCUUUUUUAUACAAAAUAUAAAGGGAACCAAACUCUUGAAAUAAAUAAUUGUUAAGAAACGUAAUGUUAUUAUUUAUGAAAAUCAUGUAUGUCAGUUGUUGCCAAAUAUAAAAAUAAAUAUGUAUUGAAUUGUGUAAGAAAAAAAAAAAUAAUUGUCUUCGAAAAAACAUAAACAACAUUCAUUGUAACUUCAUAAGAUUUUCAACAAUGCACUUUAGGGUAACAAUAUUUUUACUUUCUAAAAUAUACAUUUAUUUGAACAGAAAACAUCAAGGCACAUCUAUAGUUGUCUUUUGUUUUUGCUAUAAUUUUUACUAUUGUCCCGAUAUGAUGUAUAAAGUGACUGUCAUUGUUACUUUAGACAGUUAUGACUCCUUUAAUUGUUUAUGUUUUUAAACGUCUAGACACUUAACAUCGAUUUAACAAUAAUCUUCGACUCCUACACGACAUACAUGUACAUAAUAUACCUUUACUACUACUUGGAAUACAUAUAAUAUUCGCAUACCAUUUACACGAGUAAAGAUAUUUCAACGUUUUAGAGGUAUAGUACCAGAUUCUAAGAAACUAAACAUUAAUAAUCGUAGGUACGCACAUCACAUUCGUUGUACAUACAUUACUCUUAAACGUUAAUCGAACUAGUUAUUUUGAUGUGAAUGAUGUUUCUCAUUAAAAUCUCGUAAUACAAAAACCGUUUAGUGUUUUACUAUUGAGUUAAAAUGAAAUCGAAAAAGUUCCAACUCUUUCGACUUUUUGAAAACGUAAUAGAAAAAUAUUAAGCGCAUAUAUCUCUAUUACUGGCAGUAACACUUACGAAAAUAUAUCGAUCUUAAAAUAUACAUAUAUGAGUGUACUCUUUGACGUAGGUAUUUCACGAGUUUUUAAUGAAAUUCUAAUGCCUGAGGUGAUGGUAACAUCAAAAUGUAGUUUUUUUAUAGACAGAUCUAGGUGAAUAGAUAAAAAAAAAAAAAAAA